UACCAGUAGCUGGUUUCUCUGGAAAUGUGCUGCUCUGAUGGCUUGUAUGAUUUAUCUCAAGCCCUAAUCGCAGAUCUUGGAUGAAUGCCAAGGAAGAGGCUGAAGGCCAGCUGAAGGGCGAGGUUCACCAUGGCCGUCGUCCUGGUUGGAUUCACAGUCUCGAUGAACGUGAACAGUAAGCUAUCAAAGUCUGACGGGGGUUUGGAGUAAGCUAUCAAAUAAUCCUUAGACGACCUACUCUCGUGUCCUUUGGAAGAUGAUGAACUCUACUACAUUCGGUGCUCCUCUGAUGAGACACUCUGAGGGACAGGUUGUCCUCGGAGGAAAUGGCGAAGAUGUCGUUGUCAAGCCUGCAGAUUACCCUGGCCGCGAACAGCCCUAUGAACACCGCUUUUCGCCAUAUGAUUUCAAUGGUGGAACCGUCGCCGGUGUCUCGGGCGAGGACUACUUGGUGAUUGCUGCCGAUACGCGAAUGAGUUCUGGCUACGAAAUCUUGUCACGGAAUACAUCCAAGUUGCAUCAACUCAACCCCAAUGCCAUCUUGGCCAGUUCAGGCUGCAAGACCGAUAUGGACCAGCUUCGAUCUGUCUUGGAUAUCAAGAGCAAGAUUUACCAGCACAAUCAUCGCAAAUCCAUGACGGCAACCUCCACUGCUCAGAUGUUGAGUAACACUUUGUAUGGCCGUCGAUUCUUUCCCUAUUAUGCUUUCAACGUUCUGGGGGGAAUCGACGCCGAAGGCAAGGGAUGCUUGUUUUCCUACGAUGCCAUUGGUAGUUUUGAACGCACCCAGUACUCGGCCACUGGAUCGGGACAGGCCUACGUGAUUCCCUUUUUGGACAAUGUCAUUGGAAACCGUAACCGCACCGAAGAAAAGCCUACCCUCUCCAAGGAAGAGGUGGUGGAAUUGAUGAAGGAAGCCUUUGUGUCAGCAGGAGAGCGGGACAUCUACACGGGAGAUGCCCUGGAAAUCAUGGUCAUGACCAAGGACGGGGUCACCAAAGAAACCUUUGAGCUCAAGAAGGACUAAUUUGAAUCGAUUUACUAGAUAUAGAUGUGUGGUUGUAACGUAUAUUAUCGAUUGCAUCUUUUUUAAAAAAGGGCACCUUUUCUAGCUAGCUAGCCAACUCAAAUUGCAGAAAAAAGAUUUCCCAUCCAGAGGUUCCCUCCAAUGGAUUGAUUCCUUUUCCUGACGGAAGACUAAGUAUCAUCUCUCGCUGACAUGUGUUUCCUGACCAACUCGAGAUCCGCCUCCUCCGCAGCUGGAAGCUUGCGAAGCAUCAACAACCGAGGACAAUGAAUGUUGGGAUGGUACGAUGUAGUGGGUUGACACCUCUCUGAACCAAUACCGGUACGGUAGGGUGCAGAUGCAGAUGUCAGUACAGGUAUGAUACACAAUAUAUGUAAAACUGAAUAUGAUCUGCGGUAGCUACUCGUGUACGGUACCUGGUACCGGUAGCAAAGAACCCUCGCGUGCAUGUCAUUGAUGCUUCUGCAAAAGACUGUAGAAAUUACUAUACUGUUCUACAGUGUCCGCAAUAGUGAUUGUUCACUGUUUACUGUUUUAACUUUUCUACAAUACAGGACAAGGUCCAAUCAAGGAGAGAAAACCGGAAAUUUACUGUUUAUAAAUGUCAUCUCUGGAGUUUUUCCUCAGAGGGAUAGAUUUGCAUUCCUCCCUUGAUAUUAAGAUAUCUCUAAGUUCACCUGGA